GCUGUGCGGUCCAAGAUGGCGGCGCCCAGUCCGGGACCUUUAGGCGGGUUCCCGUUCCCUUUGGGAAGUGACGCCGAGUCCGGAGCUGACCGAUCCGGAUCAAGAGCAGGAGCAGGAGGCGAGAAGGUGAAGAAACCCUGCCGGGCCUGUGUGGACUUCAAGACGUGGAUCCGCGAACAGAAGAAGCAGAAUGUUGCAGAAGACCUGGAUAAAGAGCGUCCUGUUGAAUGCCCUUUAGACCGAGAGGAACUGGGGAGAAACACUUGGUCUUUCCUACAUACAAUGGCCGCAUAUUACCCAGACCAGCCCACCAAUAAUCAGCAGGAAGACAUGAAACAGUUUAUUUCUUUGUUUUCAAAAUUCUUUCCGUGUGAAGAAUGUGCCGAAGACUUGAGAGACAGACUGAAGACCAUGCCUCCUGACACCAGCACCAGGUACAAACUUUCGCAGUGGAUGUGCCUUCUCCAUAAUGACAUUAGCAAGCGAAUAGGAAAACCAGAAUUUGACUGCUCCAAGGUGGAUGAACGAUGGAGGGAUGGAUGGAAGGAUGGUUCAUGUGAUUGAUUUAAAAACAUUUCAAGUUUUAUUUUGACUCUGACCUGUUUGAUGUUUUUCUUCCCGAUCUUGACAACAUGCUGUUUACCCAAUUUUGAUAAUAUUGAAAAUUACAAACCUUAAUUUUCCCCACUUAUUUCUACAUUCUUGCCUCACUAUUCCCAAAUUAAGAUAGAUGAUCUCUCAACGUGCUCCCUCACUUAGAAACAUGGGAGACAGGUGAUGGAAUAAUUGCACUUUAAACAAUUGCUCUUAUUUCUUUAUCCUCUAGGGGGUGCAGUUGCUUCAGGAUAGUGAUUUGCUUUUGUGGUAAAGUCUCUCUUCUUCCUGAUAUUUCAAAAUUUCUCCAUCCAGCUGAAGUGAUCACUUCAAAUAUUUGUUUCCAUUUUGCUGUUAAACAGGUAAUACUGAGCUAUAGUAGCAUAGAGGGAAUCACGAAUAUCUUUGCGUGACUGAGCCUAAUAAACCAAGCAUAGUGAAGUUAACUUUGUGUACCUGUCAAAAGGUAUUUUUAAACACCAGUUAAUGAGUGAAUUUAUGAAAUUGCUGGGAUAAAGUAAUUCUGAUCUCUCUGAAGUGAUGCAAGUGAUGGUAAACAGAAACAAAUUGCAUCAAUUGAGUUGAGUUAUGUUAAUGAAUAAUGAUCAGUAUCCAAAGAACAACAUUUUAGUAUAACUGAUUUACAUCUGUACUAAUGUAUUUUCAAGCCUGAUUUUGGACUCUGGAUUAUAUAUGGCAGUUAAUAUUGGCACUGUAUUGAAUAGCAAUUUUAAGACAUUGCAAUAUGUAUUUACAGCACAACAUGUGAACUGUGCAAUUUACGCACAAUCUGCCGUCUAUCACACCAACUCCACAUUGAUUGUUUUAAACAUUAAUGGAAUAGCAAGCCAAGACAUUUUUAGGUCUGUUAUAAGGUUUUAUAAGACUUGAAGAAUAUACGUCUGAAAUAUGCCUUAUGUUGGAACAGUAGAAGAUCCUUAAUGGCAGGCUACAGCUUUCAUCCGAAUACUGUAUCUGAUCUUCACAGCUGAAAGACACUACAGAUAUUUUGGGAUAAAAUUGAAACAAAGGAAUGGAGGACUCCUAUAAAGCUCAGAAAAGUUGCAAUAAGGUAUUUGCACUAAAAUUAUGCAAAUGCACCUCCUCUGGGCUGGUUGUAGAGUAUCUGCUAAGAUUUGGAGUUUGAAUAACUCAGCUAUCAAUCAUCAUGCAAAGAUUAUUUCUUUAAACGGCCAUACUUUAUCUGUCCCGAAGGUCUAUAUGUAGCAUCCUGCUGUUGUAAAGUUUCAAUCCUGGGAGGAAGUGCAUUCUACAACACUCUGCCCGUUAAAAAUCAGUCGUUUUGAGUACCCAGCUGUGGGUGCAGGAAAUUAAUAAAAUUUAAAAUUAUUGUAUAAAAGUAUGCAAAGCUGUGUUUGCUGCAGCUGUGAUAUUUAGUGGUAAUUAAGUAUGGCAUGCUGUUUUCAACCACUGACAAGCAUUCAUGAUUUCUAAUUAUUUUGUGAAUUUGUUUGUUUGGUUGCUAUGAGUUGUGUUGAGUCUAGACAUGUGCAGAUUGUCUUGAUGAGUGAGCUAAAUUGCCAUCUGUUAAAUCUGAAAAUUGAGCACCACUCUCAAUCAGUACCUGAACCAUGCUGAGUGUGUUGCUUGGUAAUGCAGUGGACACCCGUUUGGGGUAUAAUCUGCCUGUGUUUUAUAUAUUCACUAAUACUGCAAACAGGAGAAUUGGCCAUUUACCGUGAGGGAUUGACUGAUUUAGACUGUGUUAAAAAUCACACUACUCCAGGUUAUAGUCUAACAGGUUUAUUUGUCAGUACUAACUUUCGGAGCGCUGCUCCUUCAUGGAGCAAGAUUAUAAGAUAGAAUUUCUGCGUCUUAUGCUCCUGUUCUACAGCUACCUGAUGAAGUAGCGACGCUCCGAAAGCUUGUACUUUCAAAUAAACCUGUUGGACUAUAACCUGGUGUUGUGUGAUUUUUAACUUUGUCCACCUCAGUCCAACACCGGCACCUCCACAUCAUGAGUUAGACUGGACAUUGUGGUACAGAAGGUACUUAAAUAUUCGAAGCAACAUGAGUGAGUUUAAUAACCAUAACCAUUUGAUAUAUUGAAGGGACCUUAAAAUGUGCUUUUUUUUAGAAAAAGCCCCUUUAUUUUAAAUCAAAUGAUUAUAUUAUGGGAACUCUCUGUUCUCAUUGGUAAUCACUAUAACUCCCAGUUUAGGAUGUGGGAGAAAAGCGCUCAAUUUCAGUUUCUAAGGUUGGCCCAUCAUAUAGGGAGAUGCGGUAUUGCUGGAUUCAAAAUUGCUAAAAUGCUGCAAGAACUGACAGUGUUGCUGGAAAAGUGCAGCAGGUCAGGCAGCAUCCAAGGAGCAGGAGAAUCGACAUUUCGGGCAUGAGCCCUUCUUCAGGAAUGAAGAAAGUGUACCAAGCAGGCUAAGAUAAAAGGUAGGGAGGAGGGACUUGGGCGAGGGGCGUUGGAAAUGAGAUAGGUGGAAGGAGGUUAAGGUGAGAGUGGUAGGCCAGAGUGGGGGUGGGGGCGGAGAGGUCAGGAAGCAGAUUGCAGGUUAGGAAGGUGGUGCUGAGUUCGAGGGUUGGGACUGAGAUAAGGUGGGGGGAGGGGAAAUGAGGAAACUGGAGAAAUCGGAGUUCAUCACUUGUGGUUGGAGGGUUCCCAGGCAGAAGAACUCUGCACCAUGGCAUUCUUGUGUACUAGACUUCAGUCACUGCAUUAUCUUGUUCUUACUGCAUCAGCCUAUAAGUACUUGUUUAUCAUUGUAUAUCUUCUGGAGUACCUGCCUACGUUGAUCAUUAGUGUAAAAUUUGAAUUUGUUACAAGAGUUUUGCUCAAAGUGUAGCAAAUGUGUUUAAGGAAGACCAAAGUAAGAUAUUUAAUAUUGCACUAAAUGAUGGGAGCAGUCGCGUGUGAACAAAAUUCUUGUUACUGAUGCGAAAUUUGAAUAUUCUGUUCUAUUGUGAUGGGAAGUUUACUCUUUUGCAAAAUGUUCUUGUGCAUCUUUUGGAUUUGUCAUGCUAUAAAAACACCAAGGGUGGCCAAUCUGCAAAUGAUUGACUUUAAUAAUGUACAUGUUCAAUAAUGCACCUAUCACAUCAGAUUCUGUACAGUACGAUGUGAGAGAAACCCCGUCUACAAUAGCCAUUACAUUCUCAAAUCCUUGUACUGUCUCCAUUCUAAAAUCGAUCUUCACAAAUGAGAAUUUUUUAAACAAAAUAGAAUUAGAUUUAUUUGUUCAAAUAGCAAUUACUUACAAUUCAGUUGAAUGAGACCAUUUUUCCAAGAUUUUGAUUGAAGAUGUAAAUAAUGUUUUUAAAAUUUUGUACACUGCAUUAUGUAUUUAUAAUUACCAGGUUGGUCACGUGGACAGUAUUUACUUGAUAAUCCUCCUUUUGGAAAGUCAACUCUGUUCCCUUCUGAGCUGAUUCUUAAAUGAGCCCAAUACCUGUGCCUCAAACACCAGCCAUUGAUCACCCUUUGAGAAUUCUUCACAACCCCAUAACUGUUGCCUUGCCCUGGAUUGCAUGGGUGUAUCUGGAUGUCCCUUUGAGGUUUAUUUACUCUGCCCUGUUUAACUGUAUUGUAUGUAUCCUAAGAGCCUCUCUGGUUUUCUUUUUGAAGCUGAAUGUCAUCACCUCUUCUGAGUUUGGAGAUCAGUCGUUUUUCCUUCUGGAUUGCUGUACUAUGCUGUGCCAAAUAGCAAAGGUAAAUGCGUGACUAUGAGUAAGGUUUUCAACUGAAUGGACUUGACGACAUAACCCAGAACAAGUUCCGGCACUCUACAGCUUUCUGCAGUCGACAGAGUUCAACAACCUUCAGUUAGAUUUGAUUUCAUUUUGUCCUUUUUUUUUAUUAUUAAUCCUCCAAUUUAUGUUUUGCUGGGUUUGUCUUGUCUGGUUUCUUUCUUCAUUCCUAUUUAUUAUAUUCAGAUGGGUUUUUAUAUUUUAAAAAAAGUCAUACUUCAUAUAAUGCUUCCUAGUUUUCCUGACAAGGGUGUUGUUUGGCCUUCUCAAAUCACUGCAGACUGUUGUGCAGUUUUGUCUAGAGUGCUAUUAGUCAAGAUUUUGAUGCAACAAUGAUAGAGUAACAUUUUAUACUUAAAACCUAUGAAUUUGUCUUGCCAGGAAUGCAGAAACAAUGUUCUGAGUUUGCAUUCACUUCACUUUUUAGAUGAAAGUGAGAGACAGCUCACUUAACAGCAUUAAAAAUCCUUUCAUUGUCACAUUUAAUUCAAAAAUAAUCAUAAUUAAAAAUGAAAUCUUCACUUGAGGAAACAGUGGUUGUAUUAGUUGGUAACAGGGUUUGCAGCAACAGGAAUACAGAUUUUAUUCACCGAGCAGAUUGACAAUAAUGAUUUGAAGAUCCAAAGAGGAAGACCAUAUUGGAAAUAAUAUCAUGGAGACUAUUGUUCACUCAAAGUAUUGCAGAUUAAAUAAAUUUUCUUUUGAACAGCUUCCGUUUCAUGAAUGAUCGUAACAAUGGGCUGUAAUUUAGUUAUUGUAAUAAUUUUGUUUCACCUACGCAGAUGGUUCCUUAGCAACCACGCUACCACCAGUGAACAGGAGACCUAACUUAAAUAAUUAAAAGGGACAAGAAAUGACAGCCAUUGAAAUAAUGACAGAACUGCUUUUGUUUUAGUUCCUUUUUUGAACGUCAUUGGUCACCUUAAUUGUGAGCAUAUGUUUGGACCUUUUGCCAGAUGUGAAAACAAAUAAGAAUGUUUCUUUAUAUUUGUAUCCCAUGUCACAAGCAGCUGUUGUGUUGGAA